AUGCCCUAUCGUUUAGACACUCACGUUUUGACAGUGGAUGCGAACGUCAUCCACAAGGUCGAUACUGGCAAUCCCGCCAAUCUCUAUAGCAUGUGGACUGACUCCGUUGAACAAGGUCGAAGACUAGAGAACCUUAGCUGGCGACUGUGGCAAAGAGAAACCUUUGUCGUCGACAACGAAGAAAAGACAGCACCCUCUACACAGACUCUCCCCCAGAACAUUCCUUCCGAGUCAAGGAUAUCCGAUCUUCCCCAACUAUCUGGCAGUGUCGAGUCUCUUGUAGACGAAGAGACCAUCGACUUUAGUUCAUUAUCAGCACCGCUUGAGAUCGCCCGCCCUCGUGUACGACGUCAAGAUUCUUGCGCCAGCACCCGAAGCAAGCGCGAACGCCACAUCAGCUCCGACGAUUUCGAGAAGAUGAUUGUGUCUAUUGUUAAGGACAAGGGUCCUCUGUCGGCCCCUCAUGUAGCUCCUGUCCCCAAGCAGUCUCUUCCUGUUCCUCCUGCUUUCGAGCGUUCUGGUUCAACUACAACCGAGUCUCAAUCGCCUGCAAAGUCCAUCACAGCUUCAGAGGGUUCGCCACAACCUUCACCGCAAAGCCUCCCCCGCACCACUGUUGUGCGUGGCUUCUCACCUUCCCAGAUUCCCACUCCUCGAACUAUCUCCGGUGCUGCUCAGUCAUCAGACGCAAUUCCUGAGCCCAAGUCAUCGCCUGCUGCCAAGGUUGUGCAAUCAAAGAAGCCCGCUCGCUUUGCGCUUGGUGGCUCUUGUUCGUCUAGUGAACAGGACCAGAGCCUCAGCAACAGCAAGCCCAUCAUCAAGAAGCCUGUGUUCCAGAUCGGUGGCUCUUCCGAGGAGGACGGCUCACUCAAGAGCGCCAUGGCUUCAUCACGACCUGGCUCUCUGCUCUCUGCACGCAAGAAGCAGGCCUCGUUCAGCAACAAUGUCAUGACACGAACCAUCGAUGAUGAGGCAGCCGUCGACUCAGAUACCGACGACUACAUUGACGAGAGCGCUAUCGAUGACGAUGACGACUCUUCGGACUGGGAGGACUCGAUGGAAGAGAGCGGAAAGUCUAGCAUGGACGACAAGUUCUUCCAGCGAGUGGAUUCCAAGGCCAAUUUGACCUCACGACGAUCUCUCAUCACCCUCAUGCUUGCCCAGAACGAUCGCGCACGCACUCUUGGUAACCACGCCUCUCAAUCGACUUCAGCAAUUCCACGAUCUCGUAUGGCCCACGGCCCCUCACUAGGUGCCUCUCCUAAUGACUCCGACGAGGCUCCCCUGAUGAUGAAGGGCAUGCGUGGACCUGGCCUCAAGCCUAUACAUGAGGUCCCUAGGUCUAGUGCUCAGCCCAUCAUGACCGGCCCCAACCACAUCCAGCCUCAAGCUGCGCUGUCACCUCGUACUACUCGUCGCAAUAUGUUGGCGACUGAGUUGACUGAGUCUCUUCGACGUCAUCUCCUCUGGGAGCGACAACAGAAGUCCUCGACAGCUAAUGCCGUCCUCAAGCGACGACAUACAUCACACGAUGUGGCCAACCUGAAGCAGUACCCUGAGAAGCCUUGCAUGAAGAAGAGCGAGGAUGUGAAUGCCAGCAGCUGGAACCAAUACUUCUCCAAGGAGGCCAGCGACGGAUAUCACUCCAAGGGGUGGUAA